AUCCAUUUCAAGAGGGAAUUAAUUUUAGAGAAGAAUUAAGAUGAAGAAGAAGGUAAUGGAAGACGCUUCCAGGAGAUCUCUAGUGAAGGAGGAAGAAAAGGAAGCUGCCGACUCCAGUUCCAAAUCCUAUCCAGACUCCGAUUUUAGCAGAGCUUCUGAAGAUGUUGCUAAGGUAGAAAGUAAAAAACCGGAUGAUGAAGAUGAGGAUGAAGAUGAGGAUGAAGAUGAUGAUGGUACGAAGGAGCCAACUUCACAUCCACGAAAAGAACAGAUACCUAUCAGAAGUAUUGAUACCGAAAGAGUCUCAAUGGAACCUGGAUCGAUAGCAUCUUCUUUGAGGCGAAAAGAACAGGAUGAUCAGCUUGAAUCUGCAAAAGCGGCAAUGGUAGAGGUGAGAGAAGAGAAUAAAAGACUAAAGACCCGCUUAAAUCAAAUAACGAGGGAUUACCAGAAUCUACAAAUGCAAUUCUAUAACAUCGUUCAUCAAGAAGAGAAGAAAUCUGCAGAAAAAGGAGACAAUGAUCAUUGUCGAGAAGUAGAAGAACCAGAGCUCAUUUCGCUCACCCUUGGAAGAUCUGCAAUUGAUUCAAAGAAAGACGAAAAGAACAAAACAUCUAACGAAGGGAAAGGGAAAGAAGGAUUAACUCUUGGCCUAGAUUGCAAAUUUGAUGUGUCCAAGUCAGAUGUGGAAAAUGAAGUGUCUUUGCCAAAUCAAAGCCCUACAAACAGUUCAGAAGAUCCAAAGGAAGAAGCCGUGGAGACUUGGCCUCCCAGUAAAAUUCUUAAGACAAUGAGAAAUGGAGAUGAUGAAGUUUUGCAGCAAAAUCCUAUUAAGAAAACUAGGGUUUGCGUUAGAGCAAGAUGUGAUACUCCUACAAUGAAUGAUGGGUGUCAAUGGAGAAAAUAUGGACAGAAGAUUGCAAAAGGAAACCCUUGCCCUCGAGCAUACUACCGUUGCACUGUUGCACCUUCAUGCCCAGUGAGAAAGCAGGUGCAAAGAUGUGCAGAGGAUAUGUCAAUCUUGAUCACAACCUAUGAAGGAACACACAACCACCCACUUCCAAUGUCAGCCACUGCCAUGGCCUCCACAACUGCAGCAGCCGCCAGCAUGCUAUUGUCUGGCUCUUUGUCCAACUCACAGCCAGGUAGCUCCAAUCCAACAACCUCAACCUCUGCCUACAAUCUCCAUGGACUAAACUAUUACCUCUCUGAUAAUAUGAACUCAAAAUUAUCAAACAAGUUCUACUUACCCAACUCUUCAUUCUCAACCACCCCAUCUCACCCAACAAUCAUCCUUGACCUUACUUCCCCACCAUCUUCAUCAUCUUCUCUGUUGAAUAGGUUUUCUUCUCCAUUUUCUUCAGCUCCAAGGUAUCCUUCCAUAAGUCUCAACUUUUCUUCUUCAGAAUCCAACACAUUGUCUUGGAACAAUGGACUUCUUAACUAUGGAAGUAGUACUACUACUAGUCAACCCUACUUGAAAAGCCAAAUUGGAACCAACGCAUACCAAUCUCUCAUGCAAAAAAAUAAUAACCAAGUUUAUCCUCCUCAACAGUCUCUUAGUUCAGAUGCCAUUGAGGCUGCAACCAAAGCAAUCACAGCAGACCCAAGUUUCCAAUCUGCUUUAGCAGCUGCUCUCACAUCAAUUAUCGGCACUGGAAGUAAUACUACUGCCGGUGCAACCCAGGCUGCCGAGGAUAAUCUUGGGCAAAAGUCAAAGUGCGGGGAGCCAUUGCCGGUGGCUUCCAGCACAAUCUCAUUAGCAGUGAAAGGGAAUGGCCGUGAGUCAAGCUUUUUGAAUAAAUCUACAUCCUCUAGUUCACAGUCGGGAAGUUUGAUGUUCCAUCUACCACCUUCUCUGCCAUUUUCUUCGCCUAAGGGUGCACCUACAUCUUCUAGUGAUGCUAGAAACCACAGUGGUUGAUGGGAUUUUUGAAAAGUUUGUAGUGUUAAUUGAUAUAUUUUCUCUGUUUUAAUUAAUUGGCCUGCAAUAAUGUAAAGUUUAUGAA